AACACAGGUAUUUACCAUUAUCGGUGUUCUUUUGUGUAUUUAAUAUCUAUCUAUACGCUCUUUUGCCACACAAGAUGGCGUACUACGGAACUAUGGGGAGUAGCGUGACGUCAUCGGAAAACUAUCUAUUGGCCUUAGGUAAGAAUAACAUUUGAAAUAACUCUCUCUCCUUUUCCUCCUCUCUAUACGACAAGCAGUGGAUCAUAAAAGAGUGACUUUAGGACCCAGCGGAGUUCGGCAGGGAAACCCCGCGGCGUUGGAUGUUUGUACUCCGGAGUGUCACAGCUAGUUAUUUGUCGGGAGGCGCUGUAGCCAUUCCAUCACAACCCGAUGCGCUGAACUACCAACAUCCGAGCGGCUCAUGGAGAAGAGAAAUCAGCUUUAAGAAGCUCGGCGCGCACGCAUUACGCAUACACGAACCCGCGCACCAAGACGCACGGCGCAGAGACACCUCCUCCCCCUCCACUGUGGAAAAGAGAGCAAGACACAGAAAGAGAGAGAGAAACGCAAACUUCCAGCUCUUCCAUGUGGAAAUCCAAAGGUUGGAGGAUAAAGUGUGAUUUUUCCCUCUUUGGGGCUCACUUGCUCCCCCUCUCUCCCGCUCUCUUUCUCCCUCUCAUUGUUUUUUCCAAAGAGGUGUGUGUCUAUGAGAGUCUUGCUUGGUGAGCAGAGAACUUUAGUUGUUUGCGUGGUCGGCGGAGGAGGAGGACGCGGAGGACGGGGAGGGCGCGGAGGACGCGAAGGACGCGAAGAGUCAGGAGAAAAGUAGGAGGAAGAUGGUCCGUAACGCCGCUUGGAGAAGAAGCUUACUGUGCAUCCUGGUGCUCAGCCUCGGCUUUGCGUCCCCGCCGUGCAAAGCUCGGAUUUACACCAACCACUGGGCAGUGAGGAUAGUCGGGGGAACUGAGGUGGCCGAGAGGAUAGCGGAAAAAUAUGGCUAUAGAAACAUGGGACAGAUUGGGGAUCUUAAAGACCUCUAUCACUUAUACCACAGUCGAACCAUCAAGCGGUCAACUCUCUACAGUCGUGGUCACCAUAAUUUCAUCUCCAUGGAGCCAAAGGUGGAGUGGAUACAGCAGCAGGUAGUUAAAAGGAGGAUCAAGAGGGAUUAUAAACCGUCCCCUCCCCUUUCUUUAUCAAGCUCAGCCCUGAUCAGUCAGGCCCAGAGCAACAUAUUCUACAAUGAUGCCAAAUGGAGCAGCAUGUGGUACAUUCACUGUAAUGAUGAUGUCCAUAACUGCCAAUCUGACAUGAACAUUAUGGGAGCUUGGAAAAGAGGCUACACAGGAAAAGACGUAGUCGUCACCAUCCUAGAUGACGGCAUCGAACGGAACCAUCCGGACCUCUUGCAGAACUACGACCCCCAAGCCAGCUUUGACGUGAAUGGCAACGACAUGGAUCCAAUGCCUCGAUAUGAUGCGACCAAUGAGAACAAACACGGAACACGAUGUGCGGGCGAGGUGGCAGCAGCCGCAAACAAUUCCCAUUGCAUUGUGGGAAUUGCCUACAAUGCCAGGAUAGGAGGUGUUCGGAUGUUGGAUGGAGAUGUAACAGACAUGGUGGAGGCCAAGUCUUUGAGCCUCCAGCCCCAGCACAUUGACAUCUACAGUGCCAGCUGGGGACCUGAUGAUGACGGGAAGACUGUGGAUGGCCCAGCAUCACUGGCCAGACAGGCCUUUGAGAAUGGCAUCCGCAUGGGAAGGAAAGGACGUGGCUCCAUCUUCGUCUGGGCCUCAGUCCAUCAUACUUUUUCUUUGCUAUUGCUUUUCAAUUAUAUCCAAAAUUAUUUAAUCUCCUCUUGUCUGCCUCCUCUUCUCAUCUUUCUACAGAUCACAACAGACUUAAGACACCGGUGCACAGACAGUCACACAGGGACAUCGGCCUCUGCUCCCAUGGCUGCUGCAAUUAUCGCCCUGGCCCUGGAGGCAAAUCCUCUUCUGUCAUGGAGAGAUGUUCAGCACAUCAUUGUUAAGACUUCUAGAGCUGGACAUCUCAGUGCACCUGACUGGAAGUCCAAUGCUGCUGGUUACAAUGUCAGUCACCUGUACGGCUUUGGUCUGAUGGAUGCUGAAGCCAUGGUGAAGGAGGCCGAACGAUGGAGGCAAGUCCCGGCUCAGCACGUCUGUGUGGAGAGCGCCGACCGUCAGAUAAGAACAAUCCGUCCUGAACAUGUGGUUCGGUCAGUGUACAAGGGUACAGGAUGCACUGACAACCCCAACCAUCAUGUGAUCUACCUGGAGCACGUUGUUGUACGGAUAACAAUCACACACCCCCGCCGUGGAGACUUGUCCAUCAACCUGACGUCACCCUCAGGGACCAAGUCACAGCUGCUCGCCAACAGGUUGUUUGAUCACUCUAUGGAGGGUUUUAAGAACUGGGAGUUUAUGACCACACACUGCUGGGGAGAGAAGGCAGCAGGUGACUGGGUCCUAGAGAUCUACGACUCGCCUUCUCAGCUCCGUAGCCAGAAAGUACCAGGCAAGUUGAAGGAGUGGUCUCUGGUGCUGUACGGCACUUCUGUGCACCCAUACACGUCUCUGCGCAACGAUAAGCCUCGCUCCACAGACACACUCACGCUGACACCGACAGAGGAGGAGUUCACAGAGGAGUACAACGGCCCCUGUGACGCUGAAUGUAACGAGAACGGCUGUGAAGGCCCCGGGCCCCAUCACUGCAUCAACUGCCUGCACUACUUCCUCAAGUUCAAGAACAACACCAGAACCUGUGUAUCAGAGUGCCCCAGUGGCUUUUUCCGUGACGAUAGAAAGCGCUGCAAAAAAUGCUCCUCGUCCUGUGAGACCUGCGUCGGAAGCCGCAGCGACCAGUGCACCACCUGUCGGACUGGUCACCACCUCAACGAAGGCACAAACUCCUGCGUGGCCAGCUGUGCAGACAGCUUCUACCUCGACCAUGAUUCCAGCAUUUGUAGGAAAUGCCCAGAGAACUGUAAGAAGUGCAACAGCUCCAAUGUCUGUACAGAAUGUAACCCUGGGAUGAGUCUUCAAGGAAACAGGUGUCAGUUGACAUGUGACCCAAGGACCUACUAUAACAGCCACAGGAGGACUUGUGAGCACUGCCAUCGUACCUGUGCCACCUGCGCAGGGACGGGUGCAGAGGCGUGCACCAAGUGUGCAGAGGGCUACUUAAUGGAGGACUGGAGGUGUGUGUUGACAUGCAGCACUGGCUACUACCCGUCAGAGCAGACCUCAGACAAAGGACACGUGCAGAGGUCCUGUAAGAUGUGUGACCAUAGCUGUUAUGAGUGCCUGGGGCCCGGUGAGCGAAACUGCAGCAGCUGUGUCAGUGGCUACAAUCUGGAGGCCGGCGCCUGCGUGAUCAGCACCAUCUGCAAAGAUGCAAAUGAAGAAUCUUGGGCAGAGGGCAGUUUCUGCGUUCUCGUUAAAAGGAACAAUCUUUGCCAGAGGAGGGUGCUGCAGCAGCUCUGCUGCAGAACAUGCUCGCAAAAGGGCUGAUGGGAUGUACUCACUGGGCAUUAAAGGGGGUUGAGGGGGCAGAGGUGGACUGGGGUGGGGCAACAGGGAGUCACCCCACCGUCUCGAGCCUCCCUUUCCUCUGCCCGCUCAUUCACAGUCACAUAAUUUAUAAGAGAAUCUGUGCCUUUUAAAGGGACUGCAUUGGAGGUGUGAUGACAGGACUACAACAAACCUACCUUUUUCUGUACUGGGGCACACAUUGUCAGGGUGUUUUAAAAAAAGAAGAAAAUGACUAGGACUUAUUUCAAGAAAAUCCAAGCAAAUCAAAACAAAAGCAAAACAUAAACAAACGUGUUGAUAUUUUGUGACCAAAGCAUCGAAUGGCAAAAUAGUUGAAUCUUCUUUUUCGUUGCCUGUGUAGGAAACAUAGCUAAAACUGGAGCCUCACACUCAAAUACAUCUGUGUCCAUUAUAAUACAUUUUUUUAAUCUAAAUUCUGGCCUCUCUUUCUCCUGUUUUUCCCAGUGCUAAUGAUAAACAGAUGGGAAGUGGACAUACAGUAGGAGAGGCCACGUUUCUCUGCUUGUAAAUAUACAUCAGAGGGGGGAGAAAAUCAGUGUAAUGUGAAAGUAAUGUCUGUCUGGGCUGACUUUAGUGCACAUACACAAACACACACACUUCAUACCACCCAGGUGCAGUCAUAAACAUGAACUCGGACACAUCACUUGACGUUAUCUAUACAACCACAGUGUCAGUGUGUGCUACCGACCAAAACCACCUCAGUAAGUUUUUUUUUUUUAAACACAGCUCCUAUUGUGGCUAAAGAAAUGCUAUUAGCCGUUGACAUGAGCACAGACAAUAUUGAUUCAUUCCAGAGCUUCUUCGAACCCAGUAGAUAGUCAUUCUUUCCAGACUUUUCUGCAGCAAGGUUUAAAUGAAUCUGUGAUGUCGGGGAUGCACUUUUGUCCCAAUCCUGAGCAUUGAUUCCCUGUCCUGUGACCUGACAUGUUAAAGUCCUUUCAUUAUCUUUCUGCCAAGGGAUAAAAUUUUAGAAUAUCUUCUGUCUUCCCACAUGCCAUAAGCUGUGUUCCCCACUUUAACGAUUUUUUUCACUGAUUAUAUUUCUUAUAAUGCAUUCCUACAAACAAACUUAUCUCAAAAUACAUUUUAAUGCCACGGUAUUUGAACGGAAGUAUUGUUCUGCGCUUUCCAACACAGAAGGUCAAUGGUUGGCUCUGGCAGUGUUUGCAUUUGUGAUGUUUUACACACGGGCAAAGACUUAAGGUAGACAGAAAUUCAUUUCUGUGAAUCCGGAAAAAUGUGUAUAAACGAACAGCACGAAGCAUCGGUUUUUGUUUCAUUUUUAAAACCAGAUCCAGAAGUAGCUCAGAAAUGUUAACAUAAAUGCCACAGUCGUGCUUCAGAGACCUGGUUUCCCCUCUUGUCUGUCUCUGGACCUCAAACUGAUAGAAGUUCAAAGGUCAUUUCGGUGGUGCUGUUUUGCUAAGACAGUGCAGUGAAAACUUGUUUCGGAUAUCUGUCUGCAAAACCUGCAGCAUUUCCAGUGUUAGAUGAUUUGUUGUACUGUCAGCUGGUUGAUGGAUUGUAAUAAAGCUUGAUGAAUCCCCUGUUUUCGUAAACAAAAACGUAUUCCCCGUCAUUGUUUAAGAUGACCUGAAGCAACUUUAGGUUGUGCGACAUUAGCUGCACACACACACACACACACACACAUAAACACACACACACACCUUCUCAUAUAAAAGUUGUUUUUAUUGUGUACCUGUGACAUAUCUGUGACAAUGCAUUAUUAAUGUUACUGAAAGUCCUAGUUUUGAAAUCUUAAGUGUUCUUAUUAAAAUGUUUAAUCUG